AUGGUAGACAGUGCUGAGAGCAAAGCAUACACAAGAAUAGUAAUAGUGAAUGGAAGAGUAUAUUGGAAGAUGUUGAAGUUGGCGUUCCAAACAAGAGAUGUGUUCAGUAUUUGGGGCAUAUUGCAGUUGUUGAGGUUGUACCCUGGAAAGUUACCAGAUUUGGAUAUCAUGUUUGAGUAUGGUGACAUGCCAGUGAUUCAAAAGAGAGACUAUGGCGGAUCAUAUGACAACAAUGUGACUCCAAUGUUUCACUACUGUGGGAGUGAUUCAACCUUGGAUAUAGUUUUUCCUGAUUGGUCCUUUUGGGGCUGGCCAGAGCUCCAGAUAAAGCCAUGGGAAGCCCUUAUUAAGGAUCUAGAAGAAGGCAACCAGAGAGUGAAGUGGAUUGAUAGAAUACCCUAUGCUUAUUGGAAAGGGAACCCAAGAGUUAGUUUAGUCAGAAAAGAGCUUCUCAAAUGCAAUCUCACUGACCAACAGGAUUGGGGUGCAGUCGUUUAUGGCCUGUUUAUUAAGUAG